AUGGAAUUUUUUUUGUGGUACCCCAACGGAGAAUAUCGGCCUGCCAUGCAAGGAGUCCGCGAGCUGCUGCAGUCUCUGGACGAAGCGGCAGCGGAGAGCGACCGGCGACGGCACGAGUGCUACGAGAGCGAGCCAGACUCGGCAACUUCCCCGGACGCUCUCAGCAACUGCCGCCGAAGGCACGAGCGGAGGCGCCAGCAGAUCGCGGCCAGCUUGGAGCGGGCGGCGUCGCUCUUUGCGCGACGCGAGUGGUGGUACAAGGCGGUGGCUGCGGAGGGGGGGCGGUACUACUGCCUGCGGCGCGGCGCGGCGCUGCAGUUCGUCGUCGGCAAGCGGAUGGUGGCGGAGCGAGCGGGCAGGCCGAGGGCCACCUCUCGUCCAGUGGGUCUGACUCCAUUGCUUUGA